GACUCAGACUUUAACAACUCUAGUUCCAGUGCAACUGAUUACUGUCAUCAUUGUUGCUGAAGUUGUAGCCGCUAAAAAUGGUGUUCUAGAUGAUAUAUUUGCUGGGCUGAUGAGAUUUUGCAGAGAAAUUAGUUUAACGCGAGAAAAAUGA